UUUAUUUCCUUCUACGCCGUACUCUCCUGACGGGCUCGCCCCUGCUGACUGGAACGCGAACCUGUUCAGCGAGAUCCCAGCUUAUCUGCGAGCACAGAGUCUUCAACUACUCCGGGUUAUACCAUGCUUCCUGAGGUUUUCAACACUGCCCCCUCUUCUCCUGUAACCGAUGUUUCCUCUCGCUUAAUGACUCCCUUACACACCGAUGUCCCCGCAAAUGGACCAGAUCGUUUCUGUUCCUCACCGCUCCCAACUCCCUCCCCUGACACUCCUCACGAUGAGAGUUUCAGUAUGGCGAGCGAUAGCAAUGAGUUAAAUAUUAGGCCCGCGUCGAAGCUCUGGUCUUGGGCGGGCUCGCGACUGGGUCUGGAUGGUCCCGAUCGAACCUCAUCCACAACGUCAUUCAGCGCCACAUCUCACUCAUCAUUUCAUCCCACCUUACCUUUGUCUGCUGGUUUGGUUCACAACCCUGCACGCGCAUCCAUGCCACCUGCAUUCAAAUCCCCCAACUAUGCCUCGUCUUCUGAAUACAACCCUGCUCCAUCACAUCUCCCAUCUGCAUCGACCUUACAUUCCACGUCAUCAACCUCACUCCCGUUUAACCAUACCAUCUUACGCCCUGCCUCUAACUUCGUUCCUAUCCCACCCACUCCACCCUCAUCGUCACUUUCGUCUUCUUCCGCCCACUCCGAUAUCAUGCACCUCGCGAGCCCACCCCCAACACCCGUCUUCGCACUCACACGGGAACGCGUGGCUGUAUUGCGCCACGAGGAUAUAAGGGGAAUGGAUUGUGAGGGACCGUGUGUGGAUUGUGACACACAACGCGAACACGGGGGACACGAGGAGUAUCGUGACAAGUGUAUGGACUCGCAGGAGCAAAGCCCUGACGAGGAAACCCAGGAUCACAUUCAAAGUACAAGUGAUGAUUCAUCUCGCAUGUGCUUUGAUAUGGACACGUCUUCUGGCGAGAUGGGUUCCCCGUCACGGUCGUUUGAAGCGAAUGCGGAGGCAUCCCCGCAUAUCCUUGAGGCACAACCUGAAGGGUCGGGAGUAGAGCCUGCGUUUGAGGCGCAGGAUGAAAGUACGAUCGCUGAUUCAUCGCCCAUGUGCCUUGAUGCGGACACAUCUUCCGGCGAAGUAGGUUCCCCGCCACCGUCGUUUGAAGCGGGAUGCAGAGGCAUCUGCGUCUGUGCUUGAUGCGCAACUUGGAGAAUCGGGGACUGGGUCCGGAAGUCCCGCUGUCUGCGUUCGAGGCGCAGGAUGGAAGUACGAUCGCUGAUUCAUCGCAAAUGUGCUUUGAUACGAACACGUCUUCCGGCGAUAUGGGUCCCCCAUCGCCGUCGUUUGAAGCGGGUGCAGAGACAUCUGCGCCUGUACAUGAGGCACGACCCGAACGGUCAGGGGCAGAGCCAGAACUCCCGAUGCUUGCGUUUGAGGCACAGGUUGAGAGUACAAUCGAUGAUUCAUCGCACAUGUGCUUUGAUACAGACACGUCUUCCGGCGACAUAGGGUCUCCGUCGCGGUCAUUUGAAGACCCAUCUUCGCCUGUACCUGAGGCGCAACUUGGAGAGUCGGGAGUGAUCUCUCUGCGUGCGUUUGAGGCGCGCGGUGAAAGUAUGAUCGGUGAUUCAUCGCGCAUCUCCUUUGAUACGGACGCGUCUUCUUCUCCGCCACCGUCGUUUGA